CAAUCAUAAUACACGUUCUUCCCUUCACAAACACCAUUCUUGUAUGCUUUUUCAAGUUUAUAUCAAGUAAUCCUCAAUUCUUUUGUAUUGUAAAAAACUGUCAAAAUACACGCCCUUCGUUUUUGGCCAUUUUUCGUUACAACGUUCUUCGCCAUCUUCACAAACCGUCACUCCUUCUUCAACCCCAUUUCCCCCUUUUCUUCGUUUGGACUGAUCUUAUCCCGACAAGGGGGGUGGGGGGUGGGGGGUUCAACACCGAUCGAUUCGAUUUCUAAACGCCCUUGUCGGAUUUUCGUCCCUUCGAUUCUUUUCUGCGUCCAUUUCUUCAGGAUUUGUAUUACUUUUGGAUAAAGCAGAAAAGAAUCGGAGGUUACCACUACCAUUUGGGGCUUUAUUAUUUCAUAAUCGUAAGUGGGUGUUUAAGUUUUCGAUCAUUUGAUUCAUAUCUGAGUUGGGUUUUACCGAUUGAAUGCUAUUGUUGAAGAAUUUCGAAGUGGGGUUCGUCCAUUUGAAUCGAAUUCGAAACUGGGUCUGUCUCGUUGGUGAAGAAAUUGCAGUUUUGGGGUUUUCUCUGUUGUAUUUUACUUUUUCUCUUCACUCUAGAGAAUUAUGUAAGGUUGUUUAUAUAUUAUUCCUGAUUGAUUGGUGGGAGUUAGGUUGUGUUUUGCUGUGAAUUUGGAUGGAUUAGCUUGUAAAUCCUUGGGUUUAUUGUUGAACAUACAAAACUUUAGAUGAGAUUAUCAGCAGGUAGGUUGAGUGAAAUCUUUGUGGGGAAAUGAAAUUUCUAAGCAUUGUUGGGAAUUCCUUUGGAUGUUCUGCUUCUGGGGAACGUUUAGUCUCAGCUGCAAGAGAUGGAGACUUGCAAGAAGCUAAGGCUCUGUUGGAAUACAAUCCUCGUUUGGUGAGGUAUUCAACUUUUGGUGUCCGAAAUUCCCCUCUCCAUUACUCUGCAGCUCAUGGCCACCAUGAGAUUGUCUCUCUCCUGCUCGAAUCUGGGGUCGAGAUAAAUCUACAGAAUUACCGGGGUCAGACUGCCUUGAUGCAAGCUUGUCAGCACGGUCACUGGGAGGUUGUUCAGACCCUUAUACUUUUUAAUGCCAAUAUUCACAGAUCGGAUUAUUUGAACGGAGGUACUGCUCUUCACUUGGCUGCUCUGAAUGGUCAUUCUCGGUGCAUCCGACUUCUGCUUGCUGAUUAUGUACCCAGUACACCAAAAUUUUGGACUAACAAUGAAGAACCAGUUUCUAAGUUCGAUUUUAGUGUUCUUAAGGAGGUGGUGAACAGAACAUCAGAUGGAGGCAUCACAGCGCUGCAUAUGGCAGCGCUAAACGGGCAUGUUGACAGUGUGCAAUUACUUUUGGACUUAGGUGCCUCUGCUUCUCAGGUUACAGUAGAAGAUGGAACCACCAUCGAUCUAAUAGGAGCUGGAAGCACAGCACUUCAUUACGCUGCAUGCGGCGGGAGUGCCCAAUGUUGUCAAAUGUUGAUAGCCAGGGGAGCCAGUCUUACUGCUCAAAAUGCAAAUGGAUGGACUCCCUUGAUGGUUGCUCGUUCAUGGCACCGAGACUGGCUCGAGGAAAUUCUUAGCAAAGAACCAGAAGAAGCAGCCACAAAUCUUGUCCCUUCACCAUAUUUGACCCUUCCCCUUAUGAGCAUUGUUAAAAUUGCUAG